UGUGUUGCAUAUUUCAUCUAUGUGUCUCCCAGGUCAUUCAAUAAUCCAGGAGUACUUUAUGAAGCAGGGGGCAUGGUGCCUGGGACACAGAAGUGGUGUGGAAACGUGCAAACCGUCAGUGAGGGUCUCAGCGAGGCCUGCCUUUGUCCUCUGGCACCAGAUCCCCUCUCCAGCUCACUCCGCAGCCAAGACCCUCAGCUGUCCUCUCCGGUCCCCCGCGACAGCUGAAAGGUGUGGGGGGAGGGGUAGGGGUCCGGCGGCGCUGGUCACACCCUGUCGCUCACCCUCGGGCCCCCACUCCCCGCCCCUCCCCCCAGAGGCUCCGCACUAUUUUGGGUGGUGUAGACCCCGCCCCCACCUCCGACGAAGUCCGGGCUCUCCCAGCAGCCGGAGGGGUCCUGCUGCGCCUCCUGGGGCUGCACCUGACGCCGGGGCCGCCGCCGAGUCCGCACCGCGCAGCCAUGUCGGGCCGCUCGGUGCCACACGCCCACCCGGCCACCACCGAGUACGAAUUUGCCAACCCGAGCCGCCUGGGUGAGCAGCGCUUCGGAGAAGGCCUCCUGCCAGAAGACAUCCUGACCCCCACGCUCUACCACGGCUACUACGUCCGGCCUCGGGCCGCCCAGGCUGGGGAGGGCAGCAGGGCAGGGGCCUCGGAGCUUAGGCUCAGUGAGGGCAAGUUCCAGGCGUUUCUGGAUGUAAGCCACUUUACCCCAGAUGAGGUGACGGUGAGGACUGUGGACAACCUGCUGGAGGUGUCUGCCCGGCACCCCCAGCGCCUGGACCGUCAUGGCUUCAUAGCCCGAGAGUUCUGCCGCACCUAUGUCCUGCCCGCGGACGUCGACCCCUGGCGAGUCCGAGCUGCCCUCUCCCAUGAUGGCAUCCUUAACCUGGAGGCGCCUCGGGGUGGCCGACAUUUGGACACAGAGGUCAACGAGGUCUACAUCUCCCUGCUCCCUGCACCUCCUGAUCCAGAGGACGAGGAGGAGGCAGCCGGAGUUGAGCCUUGACGGUCCCAGGCCCAGCCCCCAGCAAGUCCCUUUCCAACUCCCACGUUGACGCCAGCAGCUGCCGGCCAGAGGUGCAGCAUCCCUGGGGGAAGGAAAGGAAGCAUGGUCCACAAUGUAUGGUUUGGUCCCAAGGGACGUGUCAUAGCCUUCGGUUUAGUUUUGGAUGGAGCCGAAUAAACCCAAAUCUCAGGGC